UUUCUCUUUUCUACUUUCGGCAUUUCUACGCCUUUUGAGUUUCUCCACGUCGUCUCCGGGGAAGCUCGUUCCUUUUUCCGGUUAUAGACACUCUCACUGUGUUACUAGGUAAUAUCUUUAGAGGUUGUGGGAUGCUCUAAUUGACAUUUCUAGACAGAGUUAUACCUUCUCUUUCUGCCUACUUUGUGAUAUGUCGUGGGAAAGUAUAGCAUGCAAGCUGCUGCAGUGGUGGUUCAGGUGGUCUAAGCAUGAUAAGUGACUUGUAAUAAGGAGUGGGUUUCAGCAUCAGAAUAUAGUCAGUCAUUCCUUUUGACUCUUGUCCAAAAAUAUGCCUCCCUGGUGGGGGAAGUCUUCAUCCAAAGAAGAGAAGAAGAAAGCAAACAAGGAAAGUUUGUUUGAUGUUAUACACCGCAAAUUCAGGAUUUCAUCUGAUGACAAGUCUAACAGAAGAUUAGGAUGUUCUCGGGGACAUAAUAGUGAUAUUGUUUCAGAAAGAGGAUCUCAAUCUCGACUACCUUCGAGAUCACCAUCACCUUCCACUCAUGUAGCACGCUGUCAGAGUUUUGCAGAAAGGCCUCUUGCCCAUCCACUUCCCGUCCCUGGAGUGCAUCUUGCUAGUAUUGGGCGUAGUAAUUCUGGAAUUACUGCAUCAACAAUACCAGGAUUUGAUGGAGACUCCAAGCAACCAGUGGUCUUGCCCAUGCCAAAAUCUGGACGUGUCUCCAACAAAUUGGAUCCUGUUGAUGCUGAGGGAGAUUUAGCUACUGCUUCAGUUUCUAGUAAUAGCUCCAUUGAUAGUUAUGACCCAAGUGAUUCACAUCUUGUCAGCCCCCUGACUUCUGACUAUGAAAAUGGAAUUAGAACUGCUGCAAACAGUCCUUCAGGGUUAAAGCAUAAGGUUCAGUCACCUACUGUUCCCCAAAAGAACUCAAGAGAGGCAUUGAAGCCUGCUGAACUUUUACUGAACAAUCAAAUAUUGUCUACAUCACCUAAGAGGAGACCAUUGAGCGGUUGUGUGCAAAAUGUACAAAUUCCUAAUCAUGGUGCUUUCUGUAGUGCUCCAGACAGCUCCUUGUCAAGUCCUUCAAGAAGCCCAUUGAGAGUAUAUGGCCUAGAGCAAGUUUGGAACUCUGGUCCAUGUUCAGCAAAGCCGUCUUUGGAUAUUGCCUUUUUGGGGUCUGGACACUGCUCUAGUCCAGGUUCAGGUUAUAAUUCUGGGCAUAAUUCAGUUGGUGGAGAUAUGUCAGGACAGCUAUUUUGGCCGCACAGCAGAUGCAGCCCUGAGUGUUCCCCAAUGCCUAGCCCCAGAAUGACAAGCCCUGGCCCGAGCUCUAGAAUACACAGUGGUGCUGUCACCCCUCAGCAUCCACGAGCUGGUGGGGCUGCCACUGAGUCACCUACAAGCCGUCCUGAUGAGGGGAAACAACAAAGCCACCGGUUGCCUCUUCCCCCUAUAACAAUAUCUAACACUUGUCCCUUUUCUCCAACUUAUUCAGCUGCAACGUCUCCAUCAUUACCCCGUAGUCCUGGUCAGGCAGAAAGCUCAUUCAGUCCAGGAUCCCGUUGGAAGAGGGGAAGACUUCUAGGAAGGGGCACAUUUGGACAUGUGUAUCUUGGUUUUAACAGUGAAAGUGGUGAGAUGUGUGCAAUGAAGGAGGUGCCUUUGUGUCCAGAUGAUGCAAAAUCAAGGGAAAGCGCACAGCAGCUAGGGCAAGAAAUUUUAGUGUUAAGUCGCUUAAGACAUCCAAAUAUAGUGCAGUAUUAUGGAUCAGAAACUGUAGAUGAUAAACUUUACAUAUACUUGGAAUAUGUUUCUGGAGGAUCCAUCUAUAAACUUCUUCAAGAGUAUGGUCAGUUUGGUGAAGUUGCCAUUCGUAAUUAUACCCAACAAAUCUUGUUGGGCCUUGCAUAUUUGCAUGCUAAAAGUACUGUUCAUAGAGACAUCAAAGGAGCAAACAUACUGGUUGACCCCAAUGGGCGUGUAAAGUUAGCUGACUUUGGGAUGGCAAAGCAUAUUACUGGGCAGUAUUGUCCCCUCUCAUUCAAGGGAAGCCCUUACUGGAUGGCACCUGAGGUUAUAAGGAAUGCAAAUGGUUGCAGUCUUGCUGUUGAUAUUUGGAGCCUUGGAUGCACAGUUCUAGAGAUGGCUACCACAAAACCACCUUGGAGCCAGUAUGAAGGGGUUGCUGCUAUGUUCAAGAUUGGAAACAGUAAAGAACUUCCAGCAAUUCCUGACCAUCUUACAGAUGAGGGGAAGGACUUUGUGAGGCAGUGUUUACAGAGAAACCCAUUAUAUCGCCCUACAGCGGCUGAUCUUUUGAAGCAUCCCUUUGUUGCACCAUUGGAAAGACCCAUUUUCAGUGCUGACCCUUCAGAUUCAUCUCCAGCUACAAAUGCAAUUAGAACAUUGGGAAUUGGAAAUGCUAGAAAUCCUUCAUGCUUUGAUUCGGAAGUGGUGACUAACCUUUCAUCUAGAGGAAAAAUUGGAUCAGGAUUCAGUGAUACACAUACACUGAGGAAUGUGUCAUGCCCAGUUUCUCCCACUGGCAGUCCUCUACCACAUCCAAGGUCGCCGCAACAUAUGAGUGGAAGGAUGUCCCCAUCUCCCACAUCAAGCCCUCACACUGCCUCAGGUUCAUCCACACCUCUUACUGGUGGAAGUGGGGCCAUCCCAUUUCAUCACCCACAACAACCAAUCUACCUGCAUGACAAUAUAGGAGUAACUCCAAGGUCCCAAAACAAAUUCUAUGGAAAUGUCAACACCCCUUAUCAAGAACCCAGGGCUGACCUAUUUCGAGGGAUUUCACAAGCCUCUCAUGUAUUUCGGGAAGUUAUUUCAUCAGAUAAUGGUGGUUUUGGAACACAGUUUGAACUCCUGGGUCCUGGGGACCUCAGGGAACUUCAUGAUGGAAAGCCAGUCUUGGCUGAUCAUGUGUCACAAGUGUUGAGGCCUCUGAAAUUGAAACCAUCUUUGGACCUUAAUCCAAGUUUAACAACACCUGGUCGCACCAGUGGAAUCUAGUCUCUGCAUGCAUCCUUUCUGGAGCAGGGCUUCAGGUAUUUUCAUGGUCGGCUGUACUUUUCUGAUGCCUUUUCAUCUACAUCAAAGCACAAAAAAGGCCCAACCUAAGCUGGAAAUCAGAUUAUAUGAUUUCAUUUCCUGUAGCCUCAGUACUUUGUUCACCAGUGCUAAGGCUCCCAAAAGCAAACAUACAAGAGGUAAUUUUCUUGCAUCAAGUGGGGACUCAGAAGGUUAGUUGCAUGGAGAAGAAGCUGGUUAAGACUUGACAUCAGACAUCCAACAUCUCCCUACAAUGAAGAACAUCUGUUGGUGUAAAGAACUGUACAUUUUCUACACUUCAAAACAGAGUCAGAAGAUCAUUUUUUUUCCCUUUACAUCCCCUCCUGGAACAAGAAUUUUUUAGGUGCAAGGAUGUUGGAUGGGGCUACAAGUUAGUAUAGCAGGUGGGUAGGAAGAACCAAAAGUCCAGGUUUUGUCAAAACCUGGUCUAUUUUAUUUAUUUAUUUAAUCAGUUAGCUGCAGUGCAAGGCCUGCUGUAGCUGCUGAUAUUGUUGUAUCUCAUUUAUACAGAAUCAAAUUGG